UCGCGUCGUCCCGAGGCCGCGCGGAACAAAGCGUUUCCGUUAUUUAUAACAACCAUGAAUCGGUGCGCAGGUUGCCUCCUCUUUUUAAUAUCGUGCAUCCUUGCAAGCGAUCGCCGAGCCAGCUCGGAUGAGAAAUUCCUGUCGCGGAAGAGGCGUUACGUUGUUUUUCCAGAAGGCUCGACGUUCUCCAUCGCACUUUGCAUGACCAUGCACACUUUGACGCCGGACGACAUUUUUACGGAAGGCGUAAACUGGGGUAUCUCGUACGAUUUACCGAACGAGAGCAAGCCGAUCCUCGAGCCGUUUCUUCAGCUCAGGAACGAUCGAAUCAAACCUGCUAAUAAGUACGACGGUUACGGAACCAACGACAAAAACGCUGUCGCCUAUCCUGGAUGGAACAGCUUCCAGAAGUACUCGAGUUUCAAGCCUGGCAAACGAAAAUAUUAUAAACCGGAUUACUAUUAUCUGCAGAGGAGGCAUCGCAGGGACCUUUACAGUAAACUAGAAACCAUCAUGAACGCGAUGAACUUCGACGGAAGAACAUGCGUGCUUCGAGCGCUCUGCGAGGCCUCCCAGCGACUGAUGCCGAAAGGGAACACUCUCGUGGAGGAGAUGAUGAGGAUAUCGUUCUCGUUCCCUUUGAAGCGGCUGUUCUCAUCCGAGCCGGAGGAGCACCGUACGUACGGCUCGGCUCAUAAAGCGGGCCACGAGGGCCAAGAUUGCGCCAGCAUGUUCGCCGGAUGCAGUUUCUCCCUCAUCGACAUGGCCCUCGGGAAAUACGACGCGGCACGGACACGGGAUCUACGAUUUCCGUCCGGAUACGCCACAGUCAACGACAUGGUGCGCUCUUCCGGGGAGUGGACGAGAUACAACAUGAAGUAA